GUUUCCAUAAUAUUAGCACUAUCAGAUAGCCAUCAUCACUGAGCGUAUAUACAAGACUAGCUUGCAAAGAAAAAGGAAUGGGUAAGGGGAAAAAUAAGGAGAAGGAGGAGCCUAGACGUGGUAACAAAACUUCAAAUGGUCACCACAAACGUUUGCAUCAUGCAAAAGGAAGACAGGAAACCAAGUAUUCUGCAGUCACAAGACAGGCAAAUUUUCCUACCAAGCUUGCAAUGUGGGACUUUGAUCACUGUGAUCCCAAGAGAUGCAGUGGUAAAAAGCUAGAAAGGUUAGGGCUUAUCAAAAGUUUACGAAUCGGGCAAAAAUUUCAAGGAAUCAUUGUUACUCCUAACGGUAAGGGAGUUGUAUGCCCUGAUGAUAGAGAAAUAGUUGAGCAGUUUGGGAUAGCAGUUGUCGAGUGUUCAUGGGCUAGAUUGGAGGAAGUACCUUUUGGUAAAAUAGGUGGAAAAUAUGAACGUUUGUUGCCGUAUUUUGUGGCUGCAAACCCUGUCAAUUACGGACGUCCGAUGAAACUUAAUUGUGUUGAAGCAAUUGCUGCAUGUUUGGCUAUAGUGGGCCGCCAGGAUUGGGCAUUGGAGCUAUUACAGAACUUCGAGUGGGGUCCAAACUUUUUGAAAAUUAAUAAAGAACUACUUGAAAUGUAUACCGAAUGCACAGAUUCAGAAAGUGUUUUGAAUGCAGAGAAGGAGUUUUUGGAGAUGAUUGAAAAAGAGAAAGAAGAAAGAAAGAAGCUGAAAAGUGAAGUAGAUAUUUGGGAGAUGGGCAACCCCAACAUCAAACAUCAAGAGGAAGAAGGAGAUAGUGAAGAAGAGGAGAGCGAAGAAGAUGACGAUAGAUACCAAUCUGAGGAGGAAAACAUUCUGGUUAUCGAUGUACCUGGUCCUGACGAAAUGGCCCGGAAUAGUGAACUUUCUGAAGAGGAAGACGAAGAAGAUGUAGAAGACGAAGAGAAAGAAGGGGAAGAAGAGGAAGCUGAAAGCAGGCUUCAUGAAAUAACCGUGUAACCUUCUAAACAGAUAAACUUUUCUGAUACAA